AUGCCAUUAAAGACUAUAUUUCGUAAAUGGGUCUCUAAAGUGUUGGCUGAAAGGCUUUCUUCUUUUUUGCCCUUGAUUGUGUCUGAAAGUCAGUUUGGAUUUGUUAAAGGGAGAAACAUCCACGACUGUCAUAUGAUCGCUUCCGAAAUUAUUCAUUUGGUUCAUUCUCGUAGAGAGAAAGUUAUUAUGGUAAAGCUGGAUUUUAAGAAAGCUUUCGAUUCGGUGUCGUGGAGCUUUAUUAUUUCUAUGCUAAAGCGUAUGAAUUUUGACGAGGUUUGGAUUAAUUGGAUUAGCUCUCUCUUUAAAUCUUCGCAGUUAUCUGUGUUGAUAAAUGGGUCUCCAACAGAAAAUUUUUUUAUGGAAAAAGGUGUGCGGCAAGGAGAUCCAAUCUCCCCUCUUUUAUUCGUGUUAGCUGUUGAAGGAAUGCGAGCAAUUUUUGAUGAGGCUAUUUCUUUGGGUUUGAUAGAUGGAAUCCAAAUUGAUGGCUACCGCAAGCCAGUUUUGUUAUUUCAGUUUGCUGACGACACUUUGAAAUCGUCUGUUACUGGAAUUAAUUUGGAUGAUCAUUCAAUGGGUUUAGCAGCUGAAAUCUUAACUUGUAAGAUUGAUUCGUUUCCUAUAACUUAUUUGGGUUUGCCUUUGUCUCUGAAGAAGCCGACUGCGAAACAAUGGGAUCCGAUAGUCCAGAAUUUCUCAUCUCAAUUGUCUUCUUGGCGCGGUAGUUUGCUAUCUCCGGCAGCUCCUGUCUCAGUGCUUAAUUCACUAGAGAAAUAUAUGCGAAAUUUUCUAUGGAAUGGUUCUAUCAAUGGAAAUUAUUUUAGUAAGGUGGCUUGGAGAGAUGUUUGUUCUCCUUUUCUUGAUGGUGGUCUGAAUAUUAUUCCGCUUCGUUUAAAGAAUAGAUGUUUAUUAUUCAAGUGGAUUUGGAAAUUGAUGAACGCUAACUACAACUCCCUGUGGUUCUUGGUCGUUAAUAGUAGUUGUGCUUUUAAGUUUUGGUUUGAGCUUUUUUCUGGAAAUACUGCAAGAUAUUCACACUUAUGGAGAGGUAUCAUUAAUUGCUGUUUAUCUAAUGAGGAUUCUUGGAAUAUUUUCUACUCUAAUAUUUCGUUUUCUCUGGGUAUUGGAAACCGUUUACGUUUCUGGCACGAUAAAUGGAUUGGGGAGGACAGAUUAUCUUCUUCGUUCCCUCGUUUGUUUAAAGUUUCCAGGUCUCCUAAUAUUAUGGUGGUGCAGGUUUUUGAGAAUGACCAGUUUGAUAGGUCUUCUCUUAUUUGGAAGAGGUCGUUACGGCUGGGUGAGAAAGAAGAUUUGAAUCAGCUACAAUUAUUAAUGGAAACAGUCACUAUUAAUAAUCUGCAGCAAGAUGUGUUUUCUGGAUGA